CAGACACCCCCGCACACGAACACGCUCGUUCAGAUACAACCGACAUUACAGAAUGGCCACCAACAUCACCUGGCACGCAGGUCUCACACGCAAGGAGCGCAUUGAGCUGCGCAAGCAGAAGGGAUGCACAGUCUGGUUCACUGGUCUCUCGGCGUCGGGAAAGUCGACCAUUGCUACAGCUCUUGAGCAACAUCUCCUCCAUCUCGGCAAGCAGACGUACAGACUGGACGGCGACAACGUGAGAUUUGGACUGAACAAGGACCUUGGCUUCUCGCCCAAGGAUCGCGAGGAGAAUAUCCGCCGCAUUGCAGAGGUUGCCAAGCUCUUCGCCGACUCCACCACAAUUGCCUUGACAUCUUUCAUUUCACCUUACAAGGCCGAUCGCCAGCUCGCUCGUGAGCUUCACGCCGACACCAGCAACACCGACUCCCCACUUCCUUUCAUUGAGGUCUUCGUAGACAUCCCAGUCGAAGAGGCCGAGAAGCGCGAUCCGAAAGGACUGUACAAGAAGGCUAGAGCUGGCGACAUCAAGGAUUUCACUGGUAUCAGUGCGCCAUAUGAAGCUCCGGAGAAUGCUGAGAUUCACAUUCACUCGGAAAAGACAAGUGUAGAGGAAGCUGUACAAAUCAUCACAGACUACUUGCAGAAGCAGGGUUUGUUGGAUGCAUAGAUCCUGACUGGGACAGAUUAUGGAGAUGAGUGACGCGCAUGUGUACAUUGAGAUAGAGAAAGACGCGAAUAGGACAUUUGCAACAGGAUCAGGUGUUCUUGGCUCUC